AUGGACACAGUAAUUCAGAUGAAUACUAAUGUAUUCCUUUCUUUUCAAGGUAUCUACACUCCAGAACCACUCUGCAAUUUCUGGUGGGCUCUUUUAUCCACGGGGUUUAUGUUUGUAUAUCAUUUUAGCAUCUUGCAGAUUCUGGGAUUGGUUACAGAAGUGAAUUUGAACAACAUGUUGUGCCCAGCCAUCUCAGAUCCUUUUUAUGGGCCCUGGUAUCGAAUCUGGGCAUCUGGACAUCAGACUAUCAUGACUAUGACUCAUGGGAAGCUUAUAAUCCUACUGUUUUACAGUGCUGUCCCCAUCUUUAAAUGUAGCGUGGACUUACUUAGUCUCCCAGCUAAGAAAAUAGACUGAAAUUUCUCCCCAUGGAGUAGAACGUAUAUGAAGCAGAGAUACUUAUACUGGAAAACAAAGAGGAGGGAUGAGAGGACAACGCGUUUAUACUUCUCCCCACAGUUUAUUGCCUCAAAAACACCUCUGUAAUCAAGUGAGGUUUUUUUUAACUGCUGUUUUUCACUGCCUAUUGCCAAUGGCAGAAUUAGUGGCCUUAUUCUGGAAAAGGUUCGUGUUUUAUACAUUUUGUGUAGAUUACAGUAGAGUCUUGCUGAGCCACUAUUUAAAAUUAGGCCAGAAUCUGUCCGCAUUCCAGCAAAGAGUGGCAGUGCUACCUCGUUUGGACUUAUUUUCCAUUAAUUAUAAGUAUGCUUAUAUCACACGAUAAGAAAAAAAGCUGAAUU